AUGCCUUCUUACAUAGCCUUCAAGGGCGUCCCGAAUGACUACCCCAAGAAAAGCACCCUUUCGCGGCCUGAUGUGCUUACUAGCGAUUAUGUCUUGCUGAAAGUAACAGCGUCUGGCCUUUGCGGCACAGAUCUUCACUACCGACAUGCAGAUAUGGUGCUUGGACAUGAGGGUGUCGGUAUUGUCGAGGAGCUAGGUCCAGAUGCCAAGCAUCUGAAGAAAGGCGAUCGAGUGGGCUGGGGCUAUGCGACUGACAGCUGCCGCAAUUGUAUCGAGUGCCUCCAGGGCACCGAGGUCUUUUGCCCUGAACGCGCCUUAUACGGCACUGCCAAUCUUGAUCAAGGAAGUUUUGCCUCCCAUGCCGUCUUUCGCGAAGCCUUCCUGCAUAAGAUUCCCGACAGUAUUAGCGAUGAGGCCGCAGCACCACUACAAUGCGGCGGUGCCACAGUCUAUACGGCUCUCACGGACUCGGCAAAGCCAAAUGAAACGGUGGGGAUUAUGGGAGUGGGAGGCCUUGGUCAUCUAGCCAUUCAGUUUGCGGCAAAGAUGGGUUGCCGUGUUGUCGUGCUUUCGGGAUCCGAUAGUAAAAAAGAGGAGGCUACCAGACUUGGUGCACAUUAUUUUGUAGCCACCAAAGGGAAGAGCGCCGCCGACCUAAAGGAUGUACCGAAGAUCUCACGGUUGAUUGUUACUACAGCAGCCCAGCCUGCAUGGGACACAAUUCUACCAAUGAUGGCUCCGGGUUCUCGAAUCUACCCACUCACAGUCUCUCCGCACAACCUCGAAGUCCCAUACAUGCCUUUAAUCCUUACUGGUAUCUCUAUCGUUGGCUCGUUGGUUGCAAAUAGGCCUACGCACCGCCGAAUGCUUGACUUCGCUGCGCUCCACAAUAUCAAGCCAGUGACUGAGACAUACCCUAUGACUGAGGAGGGCAUCAAGACGGCAAUUCAAAAUUUGGAAAAUGGCAAGGUACACUUCCGAGCUGUUUUACUGCCGCAGUAA